AGUAACACUCAACACCAUUACAAAUCAAUUUUCUAAAGUUACAAACACAACACUUCUCCCCAAUUAUUUCGAGUUUUUUAGAGGUUAGAAAUGGAGAAGAAGGGAGCUGGAGGAAGAAAGGGUGGUGGUCCAAAGAAGAAGGCCGUUUCCCGUUCCGUUAAGGCCGGUUUGCAGUUUCCGGUAGGUAGAAUUGGGCGUUACCUGAAAAAGGGUCGAUAUGCUCAGCGUGUUGGAAGUGGUGCUCCUGUUUAUCUUUCUGCUGUUCUUGAGUACCUUGCUGCUGAGGUUUUAGAGUUGGCUGGAAACGCAGCGAGAGACAACAAGAAGACCAGGAUAAUACCGAGGCAUGUUUUGUUAGCUGUAAGGAACGACGAAGAGCUUGGAAAACUCCUAGCUGGUGUAACCAUUGCUCAUGGAGGUGUUCUUCCUAACAUCAAUCCAGUUCUUCUGCCUAAGAGAUCUGACAAAGAACCUGCUAAAUCGCCAACGAAGGCAACCAAGAAGGCCUAAUUUGUGACGAUGUUCUACUUGAAUCCAUGUUGUAAGAACAUUGUAUUUUAGCUGUGCAAUUAGGAGCUUUAAUGUGGUUGUGAAAUAAUCUGUACUUGUAUGUAGUUUUGAUAUUUAUGGUUGCAUGUAGGCAAAGUCUGUUGAAAACUAGGGAAUGUUUGAUUUCUGUUAUCAUGUAAAACUAAUGAAAAUUGGUUCUACUUCUCAAGAUCUUUAAUAGUUGUUAACAUA